CGCUAGAUUUACCCACAUUCCACAACAAAAGAAGACGAAUCAAUGGAUGCAAGAUUAUCAAUCGCAGCCUGACACUUGAGAUGUGUCUCUUUGCGAGCAAGAUUAGAGAGAACCUCAUAAGUUAAAUUCACAUUACGAUGAAGAGAAGAGGCACAGAUGGACUCAAACUCAGGUCGUAGCUUCAUCAUAAAUUUCAUAAGACGAGACCGAGCACACUCAUGGUGUACUUCAACAAAUGUCACAAACGAGAAAAGGGAGGCAGUUAAUAGGUCGUGUUCCAUCCAAAGAUGUAGGCACGCAUGAUAGAAGGUACGAAUAUCACGAUCGGCUUGAGAAAUAGUAUUAAGUUCUUAUUCAACCUAAAACCGCCAAGAAGCAUCAACCGGGGAGUGAGUAUUACAGAUGUGAGCCUACAUUCAGUUGUCGUCAAAAACCAAUGGAGAGUGAGGGCAGUCAGCAGAUCGACAGAGGUAUUAAGCCAUGAGAUGAUUUGAGCAUUACCCACUGCCCAGUCGUCGAUCUCCUUCACAGGCACUUCAGGUUUGGAGGAAUUCGUGAUACAAAUGAGGAAAAAAAGCCGGAGCAAACAAAAAAAAUACCCGAAAAAAACCAAAAGAAGAAAAACACGCCAAGGAGCUAGGGCACGAAAAAUACCUAUGCAAGAAGAAGACUGCAUCAGACGAAGGUUACACGAGACGCGUUCUAGCUCACCAAAGAUUGGACCGAAAAUAAGACGAGAUUAAAAUUGCCAGGCUAUGAUACCAUGUCAAAUUAUCAAACUAUAAACUCAUAGAAUAACACACAAGACUAUGUUAUGUGGUAUCGUCAUAUUGACACUAGUCCAUAAAGAUGAUCUCCCUCUUAGGUUUUAAACUUAUAUGGAUUAAUACGUUGUUCUCAACAUGUUACAAUAUUUAUAAGGUCUCACAAACUAACCCUAAACAAAUCCUCGUCCUUAUGGUACACAACUCAAUAAUAAUAUUCUCUACAAUUAACCUCUUCUUCCUACAAUUUUCUUAUCAAAUUCAAUCAGUUCGUUUUUUUUAUUUACAAAAGAUAAUCAUAUAUUGAUUCACAAAGAAGGUAGCUACAUCCUGGAAUUCAGCCAGGCCUGAAUAUCAAAUAAACGACUUAUAGUCAGGGACAACGAAAGGGCCUUUCUAGCCACCAAACGGGCUACCCUAUUGUUACGCCGACCUACAAAUCGCACACUAAACCCAAGAUGAAAGGUAAAAUAAGACACAAUUCCUUUAAGAAUAGCCUCCAUCCGAUUAUCACUAGUCACUACCCGAUUGAUAUUGUCAAUGAUUACUUUGGCAUCGCCCUCAAAGCUAACUUCUGUGAACCCGUGCCCAAGACACCAGCUAACAGCCUCCCGGAGUACAAGCAAUUCAACCACCAUAGGGUCAUCAAUGCACGGCAACUGAACCCCAAUAGCCACCAGAAUCUCCCUGGAUGGGGUCAUAAGCACCAUCCCUCCUGACGAGUGAGACCCACUCCGGAUAACCCCAUCCCACAUGCACACCACCAAAUUAGUCCCCCAGAACUCAAGUGAUAUGUCAAAGGGAUGAAAGUCUGGAUAACUUGGUCCACCAGCAAACUUAUCCAUUCCUCCAACUGCUGAUUAAACUGUCGCAUCAAGGCAGGGAUCCCAAACUGUUUUUCCUCAAAGACAACCCAAUUACGAGAUCGCUAGAUCCUCCAAAGGAUAACAACAACCGCCAUGAACAAUGCAAGUUGAUGUAUGAGAGACAUCAACUUUUUAGAAAAUGAGAGAAAGUAUGACGAGGCAACCCUUGACCAAGAUAUUUCAGCCCGAAUGAUCCCAAAGAGGAUGGGUCACAGGGCAAUAAAGAAAAAAGUGUUCUAUUGUUUCUGCCUCUGCCCAACAAGCCGGAAAUCUAGGAUGCACCGGAACAUCCUUCUGAAUUAGGGCUUCUGUUGUUGGUAGGAUCCGAUUAAAGAUUUGCCAAACAAACACCUUCAACUUAGGUGGAAUAUUGGCCUCCCACAAACCAAUUCAGGUGGUCAUAUCCAUCCAACUAGCCAUUGCUCUCCACCGUUUUCCCGCUGAUCCAAUAGGACAGCAAGAUGGUAAGCCGACUUAACAGAAAAUACCCCGGCAGCCGUGUCGUGCCAGAUUAGUCUAUCCGCUUUUGACGUGGGAGAGGAAUAGCUUUUAUAGCCCGGCAGGUUGGCGGGUCAAACCACUGGCUGAGUUUGGAAUCACACUGCCGCCCUUCCCUAGAACAGAUAACCUCAGUUACCAGCGCCCCCCCCCCCCUCCCCUCCUUCAGAAAGCACCAGGGGAUUAUACCUUGGUGGAGAGGGAUGUAACUGAGGAAUCCAGCUAGAAUGGAGCAAAGAAGGCAUCUGCCCAUUACCAAUAUGACAUCGUAUCCCCAUCUCUAGCAACUGCCUGCCAUAAUCUGCCAACCCCAAGAUGGGAGAGAGCGCGCCGUAGCAGUGAGGAAGGUUCCAGUAGGAAAAUACUUUCCUUUGUAGACUUGAGCUAAGAGGGAGUGAGGCUCAUUAAGGAUACGCCAACCAAUCUUGGAUAAGAGAGCCUGAUUAAAGUGCUCAAAAUGACGAAAUCCCAUACCCCCAUUAUGCUUACUUCUACACAUAUUGCGCCAUGACAUCCAUUGAAUCCGCAACUGGCCCUCUUCAACACUCCACCAGAAUCUGGCCACGUGUUUAUCCAAGAGCCUACACAGAGAUAGAGGCAACUUGAAACAGCACAUUACAUGUAAUGACGAAGCUAAAACGACAAAUUUAAUCAAGAUCUCCUUAGCUGCCCAAGAUAAAGUCUGCUGCUUCCAUCCCUGUAGUCCUCCAGCAAUUUCAGCAAAAUGUAGCAAUCUUAGAGCGGGCUAUCAGCAUAAGUAAUCCUAGGUAUUUAUCAUGGACCCCUAUCGCCCUGAACCCCAAAAUCUGGACCAAGAACUCCUGAUCUGGCAGUGACAUAUUCUUACUAAAGCACACCGCCGAUUUAGCCAAGUUCACCCUCUGGCCACUGAGUUCCUCAUACUCAUUCAAAACUUCAAUCAAAUUCUCACAUUCCUGGAGAGAGCCUCUAAGAAACAAGUAAGAAUCAACCGCAAAGAAUAAAUGCGAUAUUCGAGG